AUGCUGCCACACAUGCACUGGGACUCUGAACCCCUGAGGGCCCCUGGGGGAGGUGCCACCCUGGGAGGGCCCCUAAGGGCGCCGGCUGUUCUGGGAAAACCCCUGGCGGCUCAACCGGCCCUGGGCGGGCCCCUGGGAGCGCCACCUCCCCUGGGAGGACGCUUGGGGGGGCUGUCGCCCAAGGGAGGGCAUUUGGAGUCGUUACCGCCUCUUGGAGGGCCCCCGUCACUACUGGGAGGGCCCCUGUGGAUUACCACCCCCCUGGAAGGGACCCUAACGGCUCCGCCACCCCUGGGAGGGCCCUUGUGGGCGCAGCGGCACCUGGAAAAGCCCCAGAAGGGGAAGCCUGGGGUCAUUGCCAACCCUGUGGAGCUCCUGGAGGCCCCGCCACCCCUGAAAGGGCCCCUGCGUGCGCCGCCUCCCCUAGGAGGGCCCCUUGGGGCGCUGCCACCUUUGGAAGGGUCCCUGUUGUUGCCCCCGUCCCUGCAAGGGCCCCUGGGGAUGCUGCCACACAUGGGAGGUACACUGGGACCGCCACCAGCUCUGAAAAGUCCCCUGGGCGCCAAUGGGAGGGACCCUGUAGGGCCCCUGGGGGAGGUGCCACCCCUGGGAGGGCCCCUAGGUGCGCCGGCUGUUCUGGGAAAACCCCUGGCGGCUCAACCGGCCCUGGGCGGGCCCCUGGGAGCGCCACCUCCCCUGGGAGGACGCUUGGUGGCGCUGUCGCCCAAGGGAGGGCAUUUGGAGUCGUUACCGCCUCUUGGAGGGCCCCCGUCACUACUGGGAGGGCCCCUGUGGAUUACCACCCCCCUGGAAGGGACCCUAACGGCUCCGCCACCCCUGGGAGGGCCCUUGUGGGCGCAGCGGCACCUGGAAAAGCCCCAGAAGGGGAAGCCUGGGGUCAUUGCCGUCCCUGUGGAGCUCCUGGAGGCCCCGCCACCCCUGAAAGGGCCCCUGCUGGCACCGCCUCCCCUAGGAGGGCCCCUUGGGGCACUGCCACCUUUGGAAGGGUCCCUGUUGUUGCCCCCGUCCCUGCAAGGGCCCCUAGGGAUGCUGCCAAACAUGGGAGGUACACUGGGACCGCCACCAGCUCUGAAACGUCCCCUGGGGCGCCAAUGGGAGGGACCGUGUGUACACCAAUACCCCUCGAGGGGCCCCUAG